AUGGCGGCAGCGAUGGUAGUGAUGACGGUGAUGAUGGUAAUGAUGGUUGUGAUGAUGGUGGCGGUGAUGAUGGUGGUGAGGGUGACGGUGGUGAGGGUGACGGUGGUGAGGGUGACGGGUGACGGUGGUGAGGGUGGUGGUGGUGAGGGUGAUGGUGGUGAGGGUGACGGUGACGGUGGUGAGGGUGAUGGUGGUAAGGGUGACGGUGGUGAGGGUGACGGUGGUGAGGGUGAUGGUGGUGAGGGUGACGGUGACGGUGGUGGUGGUGAGGGUGACAGUGGUGAGGAUGACGGUGAUGGUGGUGAGGGUGACGGGGCCCUCGGGGCUCGGCACAAGGGUUAG